GGUUGGUCCCGGACAACGACAACCUAAUCGUGGCCUUCCCCGCCUUCCCUGCGAAGCAGCCGUGUUCCCUUCGUGCUUUCCAGUGCAGUCACAGAGGCGGCUCCAGCAGACAGGCCAAGGAGGCAAUCAGGUCAGGUCGCCAGAAGGCAACAAACCCUUACAUUCCGCCGGGAAGUGGGCAAACUGUGUCUUGACGCGCUCCGAAAUGUUUUUCUGGAGCCGCCCCUGUGCAGUCCGCGCUAGGUAGUCAAAGUUUGACUCCAGCUCGGCCCCGGCGCCCUCGGCCUGCGGCGCCACUCGAAUCGACCCACGCCGUCGUCCUCGUCGACGAGCUGCCGUAAAGGCGCGACCGUUACACUGUGCAUAAUGACUGAUUUCGAGCCGCACCUCCGUCGCUCUGUCUCUCUCGCACUCAUGGGGCGUCCCGCAGGGGGUGCGAGAGAGACAGGUGGGCGAGGCACUUGUUCGAGUCGACGCUGACCUGUGGCCCACGGCGGCGGUCUUUUGACUGCUGCUUUUGACAGUUGCUCGGGGCGCUAUCCACGCUAUCUCCCACCACGGCAUGAAGCCACGGCCUAUGCCCGCCGUUGGCGAUACGUUGGCGGCGACUCCGCUCGGAAGUGGUAAAUCCGCGAGCGCGCGCGCGUCCGUCAAGUCCUUCGGCAAGUCCUUCGGCAAGUCCUUCGGCAAGUCCUUCGGCAAGUCCUUCGGCAAGUCCUUCGGCAAGUCCUUCGGCAAGUCCUUCGGCAAGUCCUUCGGCAAGUCCUUCGGCAAGUCCUUCGGCAAGUCCUUCGGCAAGUCCUUCGGCAAGUCCUUCGGCAAGUCCUUCGGCAAGUCCUUCGGCAAGUCCUUCGGCAAGUCCUUCGGCAAGUCCUUCGGCAAGUCCUUCGGCAAGUCCUUCGGCAAGUCCUUCGGCAAGUCCUUCGGCAAGUCCUUCGGCAAGUCCUUCGGCAAGUCCUUCGGCAAGUCCUUCGGCAAGUCCUUCGGCAAGUCCUUCGGCAAGUCCUUCGGCAAGUCCUUCGGCAAGUCCUUCGGCAAGUCCUUCGGCAAGUCCUUCGGCAAGUCCUUCGGCAAGUCCUUCGGCAAGUCCUUCGGCAAGUCCUUCGGCAAGUCCUUCGGCAAGUCCUUCGGCAAGUCCUUCGGCAAGUCCUUCGGCAAGUCCUUCGGCAAGUCCUUCGGCCCCGACCCGCGUCAAGUUAUUUCGGCAGUGCAGGGACAAGGACGCGCGGGACGGCCCUGAGCCGCCGAAGGAACUUCCGGUGCGAUGUGAACUUGUUUGUUGCCACGCUUCGUAGGAGGGGACGACCAGAUUUCUCUGUACCAUCUAUCCAUCCAUCGCGUUGUUGAAUCACCGCUGGCAUUGGCUGACC